AAGCGCACUCGCCGUCCCGGAAGUGCUCGCAGAUGGCUGCUGUGAGGGCUGCGGCGGUGCAGCGGCUGCGGCUGGGGCUGCGGGCGGCCUGGUGGCCGUGCGCCUGGCGGGGCUUCUCCCCGCAGGCCAGGGCUGUAAACCUGCCUCCAGGGCUGGCCCCGGGUCCUGGCCGAUGGAGCAGCUCCGCGGCGGAAGCCAGGGCCGAAGAGGACUCCUUCCUACAGUGGGCCCUGCUGCUCAUCCCCGCCGCCGCCUUUGGCCUGGGGACUUGGCAGGUCCAGCGUCGGAAAUGGAAGCUGGAUCUGAUUGCAGAAUUGGAGUCCAGAGUCACGGCCGAGCCCGUCGCUCUGCCUGUAGACCCAAUGGAACUGAAAAAUCUGGAGUACAGACCAGUGAAAGUCCGGGGGCACUUUGACCACUCCAAGGAGUUGUACAUGAUGCCUAGAACCAUGGUGGACCCUGCCCGAGAGGCCCGAGAGGCCGGCAGAAUCUCCUCCUCGACGGAGACUGGGGCCUAUGUCAUCACCCCCUUCCACUGCUCUGGCCUCGGAGUCACCAUCCUGGUAAACAGAGGGUUUGUCCCCAAGAGUAAAGUGAAUCCGGAGACCCGGCCAAAGGGCCAGGUCCUGGGAGAAGUGGACCUGGUUGGGGUAGUGAGGCUGACAGAGACCAGGAAGCCCUUUGUCCCUGACAACAGUCCAGAACAGAACCACUGGUAUUAUCGGGACCUGGAGGCCAUGGCCAAGAUGGCAGGCGCAGAGCCCAUUUUCCUUGACGCAGAUUUCCGGAGCACAGUCCCUGGAGGACCCAUUGGAGGGCAGACCCGAGUUACUCUGCGGAAUGAGCACAUGCAGUACAUCCUUACCUGGUAUGGGCUGUGUGCAGCCACAUCGUACCUGUGGUUUCAGAAAUUUGUGCGGCGGAUACCUGGUAUGUGAAGUUAGGAACUGGUUCCUGAUAACUGAGGUCCCCAAGCAUGCACAAUUUUAAGGAUGGCUUUACUAGAUUGUAUACUAUAUAUAUAUAAAAUAAAGUCCUUGAUCACCAGA